AUGUCAGAGAUAAAAGAGAAUAAAGCAAAGAAGCAACUCAAAGCUGGUUACGAGGGAUUAAAGAAUUUUAUUUGGCCAUCUGACCCUAGAAAAAGAGCUGAAAAGAAAUCAAUUUACACCACCGUAGGCCUUUUUGUGGUUACCACUGUUGUAUUGGUGAAAUGGGGAACAAAAAUUGCUGACUAUGUCUACAACCCAGCACUUUUGGAAGAACAAAAUCGUUUAGCGAUGCAGGGAUUAUAA